AUGCAAGAUACCUUUCAUAGAGGACAUAUAACACAACCUGGCAGAACACUAACAAUAUUAAGAGAGGAGGAUUACAAUCAAUUAAUUCAGAACAAACAACACACCAGCGUGGAAGUUGUCAACAACAAUAACAACAAGGGUUUUAUUAUCAAUGACUGUUCAUGUCAGCAUCAACAUUACUUUCAAAGACACUCAAGCUCGGUUCUUCUUGAGGAAGAUGAAAAUGAUUUGAGGGUUUGGGGAACCUGUUAUAAAAUUCCAUUUGAACAUGCAGAAAAAGUCAUCAAAGAUUUGGACUAUCGUGAAUUAGUAGCAGGCUACCACAAAACCUAUGUGUCUGUUUAUGUGUCUGAUUCGAUUGUGGCAUGUAGGAAGGCCAUUGUCUAUUAUUAUAACCCGUUUGAAAAAGAGGAAAGCGCCGAGAUAUCCUCUCCUUUUGUUGGACCUGAGAAUUUAUGUUGCACAGCAAUGCUCAUCGCAAGGUCUUUUGGUCAUUCUGGACCUAACAGAGAUUAUCUUUAUCGCUUGCAUGAGCAUUUGCCAAUACUUGACAAGUAUAUUGGUGCUUUGGUGGAAUGUGUUCGAUCCAUUGAAUCUCACUAUCCAAUGAAUAAUUCGAUACAAAUGGUUUUAAGAACAGAAGAAUAUAAGGGAAAAAUUUACAUUGAUCAAGGUGCCACCUCUGCCCUUAGCCAAAAAAGUAAGAAUUUAUUGGCAUGUGGCAUACGGAAUGUAUUUGGGGAAUUUGAACAAGAUGACAUUGUGGUUGUGGUGGAUUGUCAUACCAACAAAGUGGUGGCCAAAGGUUUCUCCAACUUGAGCGCUGCUGACAUUCGAAUCAUACAAGGAAAGAAUUCAAAGGCACUUGGCCAAGAAUUUCUCAAGAACCCAUUGUUGAAUGCAUCAAAUUUGAGUCAUUCUCGUGCUCCACAUGAAGUCAUCAGUAAAUCACGAAUGAUCCUGCUGGAUCGAUUGCUUGCUGAAAAAAUGUCUCAACAACAAACCCAACCACAAGAUAAAACGAGCAAAGACUAUUACUUUGAUAGCUAUUCUCACUUUGGAAUUCAUGAGGAGAUGCUCAAGGAUGGUAUAAGAACCAAUGCCUACAAGAAUGCAAUUCUCCAAAACAAACAUCUUUUCAAAGAUAAGGUUGUUCUUGACAUUGGAUGCGGAACAGGUAUUUUGUGCCUCUUUGCAGCAAAGGCUGGUGCCAAACGAGUGAUUGGUAUUGAUAUGAGUGAUAUCAUUGAUAAAGCAAGACAAAUUGUUUCCGAUAAUGGUUAUUCUCAUGUGAUUGAGUUAAUCAAGGGUAAAGUUGAGGACAUUGCUCAAUUACCUUUCGGAAUUGAGAAAGUAGAUAUCAUCAUCAGUGAAUGGAUGGGAUACUUUUUAUUGUACGAGAGUAUGUUACAGACUGUUCUCAGUGCUCGUGAUAGAUGGUUGAGACCAGGUGGCUAUCUUUUCCCUGACAAAUGCACCAUGUACAUUUGUGGUAUUGAAGAUUCAGAAUAUAAGAGGGAUAAGAUUGAUUUCUGGGACAAUGUCUAUGGAUUUAAUUUCAGUGCUAUUAAAGCAGAUGCAUUGAGAGAACCUUUGGUUGACUUUGUUGAGUCACAACAAAUCAUUACUACUCAAUCCAAGUUUUUAGAGAUUGAUUUGAACACUAUUCAACCUGAAGAUUUGAAGCAAAUUACUACCAGCUUUGAAUUUACAUCACAAUAUCAAGAAUAUUGCCAAGCAUUUGUUGCUUGGUUUGAUUGUGUCUUUUCUCGAGGUCCUCACAAACCUGUUGAAUUCUCCACUGGACCAUUUACUGAAGGCACUCACUGGAAACAAACAGUUUUCUAUUUAGAAAAUGAUUUACCAUUGAAACCUAACGAUGUGAUUAAGGGUACCAUCACCAUUUCUCAGAACAAGAGCAAUCAUCGUGACUUGGAUAUUUCCAUGAAGUAUACAGUGAAUGGUGGAGCCGUAAUCUCUCAAGACUAUAUUAUGAGAUAA